AUGAGUGAAAAACUUAAGCCCCAUCCAGUUGAAAUACAUGAAGAACACAAACACUGGUAUAGAGGUUGGUACCAGAAGACCAAAGUAGCAAGGUGAGUACUGAUUGAGACAGGACUCUGGAAAAUCCUGAAAAAAAACAAGAUAUGCCAUCAUUAGGUGUUAAUGUAUCCUUACCUAGUGGAAGUUAAUGUAAGCCCUACCAUGCAUAAAGCUCACAAGUGCCUCAGACUCUUCUUGUUUUGACUCUUUUAUCCCUAAGAGUAAGUCCCAUCUAAUUUCUCCUUACAAUAUCACCUCUGAAACAAACAUUAAGGUCAGGAGAAUAAAAGAAAUGAUCACCAACUAAAGAAACUCUUGAUUGUUAAACAAAUUCUCCUAAUCUGCACCUUAGAAAAUGCAUAGAGAUCAGUGUGGAGAAUAUUGCAUUUGCAUACUAUUGUCAGGGUGUGAAGGGUUAACACAUUGACAAAAACAUCAAAAUGGAAAAAAAAAGCCAGCCUGACGGCAACGUUUAGUAGAGCUCCCUCUUCAAAAUGUCAAUCAAGCAUCACUGACUUGCAGUCUUGUAUGAUAUUCAAUCAGGGAUGGAUGUUUUUGUCCACUGAACUGCAGAAUAUACUUCGCAUCCCUUAUUCUAAAAAAACCACUAGCUACAAGUGCAGGUGUUCCGGUGUAUAACUUAGUAUUUCAUGCAAAAUAUCAAAGCUAGCACUGAGCUUACGCUUAAGUUCAUCGCCAUGUCCAUAUAAACAUCUCUGUAUGUACAUGAACAUUGAUAACUGUGAAGGUGGGUUGUGAGGAUGCAUUUUUAAGCCGAGCAUUCCUACUUUCUGCUGAAGAAAAUACGUCAAUUAACUCACCUCUGUAGUUAGAUAUGUAUAAAAUAUUCCAACAAGGCAAAAAAUAACGACGAUCGGAGAGAAUACAAGCAAAAAAUACGGAGCUAAAUUGUCGGCAAAAGUGUAGUGAACUGCACCUUCUCUGUCCUCCAUUACAUUUAUACGGGAAACCGCUGCAGAACACGUGUGGAGUGAAAUCGCGGUCUCUAGAAUCCAAGAUGGCGGGAGAUUCAGUUCACGCGGUGUAUCGAAGCCCCCUCACAAGUCGAUAUGCUAGUCCUGAAAUGGCGUUUAAUUUCUCUGAGGACAAGAAGUUCUCCACGUGGAGGAAGUUAUGGCUUUUUCUAGCAAAAUCUGAGAAGGUACACCCAAUUUUAGUACUUUUAGUGCUUAUCUAAGAAUUAUAGCACCCCCUAAAUUAGAAACAGGUAAUUAGAACACCUCUAUUUCAAGGUACCCCUCUAUUUAAGGGGAUAUAAUCUUCGGUAUAGACUGAAAAUACCCCCUUUACGUCUAUUCUCUUAAUUGUUUAAGGGACACUUUCUCUAUUCCUGAUAGUGUCUCUCACGUGGAGGUUCCUUGCUGGUGAAUACACCACUAAUCAUGAUCAGAACAGGCUGGCUAGGCUUGUGCACUCAAUCAGAUAUUUCUGUUGUUGGGAGGAACUGACUGGCCAGGAUAGUCAAUAUCUAAAGUGGAUCCUUAAGUGAAAUGAAAGUUUUCAGAAAGUAGCUAAACCCUCCAAAAAUAAUGCAUAUCCAUUUUUAAAUUGACUUUCCUAGAUGAUUAGUUCUACCUAAUGGCUUGAAAUCUCCCUUCCACUCAAGUUUUUGCAAAGUAUUCUUCUGUUUAUUCCCACCCUCCAGUAAAAGGAAGAUAUAUUUUCCCUGCUGUCCCAGUCGUUAAAGUGCCUUUAUUUUUUGGUAUCUCAGACUUUUUUCUCCUUGAGGACAGCAACUUUGUUGAAGGUUCAUCCUGUUGAGGCUUUUAAUUGUAGCCUCUAUAACUUGGAAUCUCUCAUGAGUAGAGUCUUGAUUUUUCCAUAGACUCUAGGGCUGGAAAUCACAGAUGAGCAAAUCCAGGAAAUGGAAGCCAACUUGAAAAAUAUAGACUACAGCUUGGCUGCAGUUGAGGAGAAGAAACGUAGACAUGAUGUUAUGGCACAUGUCCACACAUUUGGUGUGUGCUGUCCAAAGGCUGCUCCUAUCAUCCACCUGGGAGCAACAUCUUGUUAUGUUGGUGAUAACACUGUGAGUUUAAAAUGAGAGACAUCUCCUUGAAAGGAUAAAUUUAUUUAUUGAACCUCCCAGAGAGAUAUUUUGUGUAAAUACUGGUGUGGUGAAACAGUAGCAAAUGUAAUGUUGUAAGCACAACACAGGAUGGCUUUUUCUAUGAUAGCAGAGAGGGUGGAAACGGAGGGGAUCCUUGUCUUGUUCUACUCUUGAAUUUUAGAAAAAUUCAAGCAUCACAUGCACUUUGAACAGUGUUCCAUGCAUCAUGAAUUUAAAAGGGAAAUCUUCAAAUAUCACCUUACCUUGCCUCUCUGUAAAUUUAAUACAUUACAUAUUAGAUUUGGGCUUAAUCACAUGUCAUGUAUAAACCCUUCCCCACCCUCAGUAGGGGACUGCUAGGCUGAAGUAACACAAAAGCAUGUUUAACAUUAUUAUAUUGUGAAUACUUUUUUCAAUGCAAAUGGGAGGAUAAUAACCCUUUCACCCCUAAAAGUGACUAGCAUCUAAUUUUUCAUUACAAUAUCACCUUUGAGUCACACGCUAAGGUCAUGAGAGUAAUGGAAAUGAUCAACAAUAGAAGCUCUGGAUUGUUAAGCUAAUUCUCCUCGUCAGCACCUUAGGAAAUGUAUAGAGAACAGUAUGGAGAAUAUGCAUACUGAUGUUAGGGUGUAAAGGGUUAAACACACUCUUCUUAGACCCUUUACAGACAAACGUCUGGAAUGUCUUAUGAUGGACUUAUCGGGGGGGGAUGGUAUAUGUAUGUUCUAUAUACUUUAUCUUGUAUGAUUGUCCUUAUCCCCUUAACCCUUUAACUCCCAUGAGUGACCAAGACAGAAUUUCUCCUUACAAUAUCAAUGCAAUAUCAAUCAGAUAAGUGAUGAGAAUAAGAAAAAAUAUAAAUUUGGGGAUAAUUAGGUGAUUCAAUACUAAAUUCUCUGAACUAACAUCGAAAGAAUUAUAUGGUUGACAGUAAGGAGAAGUAUACAUUUGAUCUGAGAGUUAAAGGGUUAAUUGAAGCAUUCUAUUGCUAUGGUUUCAAAUCAUAUAUUUGCAGACAAUGAAUCUAUUUUUCCAUUUCUAUAAAAUAACUUGCAAGAUAAAUAAAGAGGGUUGAGGAUGUAAGGGAAUUAAAAAUUGUGCAUAGUUACUGAUAUUUUGAGAGGCCUUUCCCUUCUUCCCUGUACCCCUCUUCCCUCUCACCCCUCCCUUCCCUCCCCCCCCCCCCUCCCUCUUUGUUUGUAAUGUCACUUUACUACGGUUUUGCCCCUUUUUUUCCAUGUCAGAAAUGUUUGGGAACUAGCCAAAUUCUUGGGCAUGGAGCUACAGAAGUCCUCGCCAUGAGCAGUAUUUGCUUAAAUAAUGUGGGUCACUAAGCUCUUAAUAAGAUUUCCUUGGUAUUUUAGUUUUUUUCACCGUAAACACCUUGAUAUAGGCCAAGGGUAUUCAUGCUUAGGCACAUUUUUUCCUCCAUAGUCAUAGUUCUGAAUGAACUCAAGCAAUUCAAUAAAAGACCUUUCUUGAAUCUCUUUUUAGGACUUAAUUGUUAUAAGGGAUGCUUUUAAUAUUUUACUCCCAAAGGUAAGAUUCAUGCUUAAAUCUCUGUACUCUUUGUUUGACGCACAGUAAUAUAAUAGGAAUUCACUCUCUGGUCAGAGCAAUGGGGUAAUGCUCAAAAAAUCACCUUUUCAAAAUGUGCCACUGCAUUCUACAGAUCUUUAUCAGAUUCUCGUUAAUAAUGAAUCAAGCUUUCCACUUACUCAUCAGCACUGUACAAGAGUGUCUUUAGAAACUGAUGCUUUUUAUGUAUAACAAGGGACUUGCAGGUACAAUACUAAUUUAGAGAGAUGCAGCAAGUAUUCAUUAAUAAUGUCCACAAUAAACUUUCAUCCACUAGUUCUCAGUUAAUGAAGUACUUGGAUAUAGUCUCAUAUCAAGUUUGCAUUUGUAGAUCAUAUUCUGUUAAUGUGUUUGCUACUAUAUAUAUUUAUUUAUUUGUUCAUUUAUCUAAAGCUUGCCAGAUGCAUAGAGAGGCUAUCAGACUUUGCGGAGAAAAACAAGUCAAUUCCUACACUUGGUUAUACACAUUUUCAGUAAGUUCAGUAUUUAGCUGCUUUUGAAAAAGCACAUUUGUGGAAAGCAAAAGCAACCACCUUUUUUUCCUAACUAAUAUUUACAUCCAGAAGCAUUUGGCUUAAUAACUUAAUAGUAAGGACUGCAAUAUGCAUCAAACUUUUUUGCAACUCAGAUGCAGAGGUUAUUCCAGGCAGGGGGCACUUAUUUGGCAGAAGCACUAAUUUUAAAGUUGUUAUAUUUCUCAGAAUUAACAAGAAGGAAAUGAAAAAAACAUUAUGACUGAAUGAUGGUAAAAAAUUAAUUUUCUUUACUACAUCUUCUUUUGUUGAGAAAUGGUGGGAAAAAUUGGUCCAGGUUUACCACUAAGUGGUUUUUUUGUAAGGAAAAUUACAUAUUUCUGCAUGAGUGAGGACUUUUGAAAACCUGCAGGAGUCCAUUUUUUUGCAUUCUAACUCAAAGCUUGGGCAGCUAUUGUCAGACUUUUCCAUGAGUGAAUUUUGGGUUUAUCAACUGAGUUGAUAAUGUACAUUGGCCAUUGUAAAGAGUCUCUAAAGCUGACGCUUUGAGUGUUAGGCCUUUAUUGGAGCAAAGGUGAUAAGUGAUUGUAGAGGUUGUAGUUUCAUCUUUUUAUCUUCAGACCUGCUCAACUCACCACUGUUGGAAAGAGGGCAAGUCUUUGGCUGUCAGAUCUCCUAAUGGACCUGAGGAAUCUUACUAGGGCUCGUGAUGAUUUAAGAUUCAGAGGAGUAAAAGGAACAACGGGUACUCAGGCCAGCUUCCUUACUCUGUUUGAUGGUGAUCAUGAGAAGGUAGCCAUUAUGUUCUCUUGGUUUAUUCUUUUGAGUCACUCCGGUGCACCCAGUUGUUUAUUACCUUCUAAGGAGAGACCAAAGUCUGAUUUCUCCCUACAAUUUCAAAUUGAUAUCAAGCAGAUAGGUACUGAGAAAAAAAGAAUGAUAUCUACUUGAGAGUAUUUCACUGCUAUCAAAUUCUCAGAAAGAACAUCAUAAAACAUUUAUGGCAGAAGGAAAGGAGAUUUAAUAUUUUGAUCUAGCCAGUGAAAGGGUUUGUCAAUGGAUGAGUAACAUAAAUUUUAGAUUUUCUUGAUUCAGUUUCAUGGUUUUAAACUGUUUUUUGGUCUUCUUGAUUUCUGGCUGAAAGAUCUUCCUAGCAGAUUAUCUUGUUGAGGAUUUCCAAUGAUUCUUUUUUUAAUCUCACAGGUGGAACAACUUGACCAACUGGUCACAGAAAUGGCUGGUUUUAAAAGUCACUACAUUGUUACAGGGCAAACAUACAGCCGUAAAGUGGACUUGGACUGUCUAUCAGCUCUGAGCAGCCUAGGAGCAUCAGUUCACAAGGUAUUAUCACAACUCUGUGUAAUGCAGUAGGAAUAUAGGGCAGAAAUACAUUAGAGACAUUUUAAGCAUAGGAGAAACGUCUUACAAUUUAAGAGGAAAUGGUGUUUGUCUUUGCGUCCUCAAAUUUAAUCUUAAUUUUAUGAGAAACUCUUUUACUUACAAGUGUGCUCAACUAUGGAAUAAACUUCCGGAAGAUGUCAAGAUGGCCGAUGAUGUUAAUGUUUUUAAGUCUAAGCUAAGAUCAAUUCAGCUGUAAUGUUUUUAUAUAUUUUUUUAUAUUUUAAAUUUUUUUUUGAGUGUACGUAGAUUAUAGAUUAUUUAUUUAAAUUUCUUUUUUUUUUCUUUUUAUACUAGAUUUUUUAUUGUAAUUGUAGAUUGAAUGCACGUUCGUAUUUCGAACGAGCACUUGUGCUCCUAGACGAUAACGUGGUUAAAUAAAUUAUUGAUUUGAUUAUUGAUUCAUUGGUUAAUGCUGUACUGUUAAACCUUAGCAUUUUAGCAAACCUUUAGUUAUGUUUUAAAGUUGCACAGACAGUGACUACUGGAAGCCAAUUCACAAUAAAGUGAAUUAAGCAGCCGUUGACGUAACACUGAGUGCAGUGAAUCCUUUAACCUGAUACUUUCAAACUGAAACUGUUUUUCUGUUUUAGAUAUGUACAGACAUCAGGCUUCUAGCAAAUCAAAAAGAAAUCGAGGAACCAUUUGAGAAAGAUCAAAUUGGUAGGUAUACACUUUAAGUGUUCCUAGACAUUAAAUGAAAACUAGCUCUGAUUUUUGGCUAGCUAGAAAAUCUAAAAAGACCUGAAAUCCCUUAUUCCUAAUAGAUGUCUCAAUAAUUGAGAGAAUUUUUUCAUGGCAGAUUUAUUUUAGGUCGCUGUAACUCUCUAAAUAGAUAGACUUAGUUAGUUAGACUUAGCUAGUUAGUGUUCUGGUGCAUCACUUUGCCGGCCAGAUUUUCAUUUGAUGUUUGUUGUGUGUUCAAGGUUCCAGUGCUAUGCCUUACAAACGGAAUCCAAUGCGGAGUGAAAGAUGCUGCAGUCUUGCGCGUCAUUUAAUGGUGCUUGUAGGAGAUGCACAGCAGACAGCAGCUACGCAAUGGCUGGAGAGGACACUGGACGAUAGCGCUAACAGGUCAUUACACUGACAUGAUGAUUGCUUCAUGAGCGCGCAUUUCAAUCGAGUAUUACAAAGAUAAAGCUAAAGUGAUCACAAAGUCUAAGCUGGAAAAAGAAAAUAUUUAACUUGUUGAACGAGGGUCAAUUUUUACGUUUUUUAGGCGGGUGGAGGCGAAUUUAAAGAGCUGGAUACGCGAAGGGAGGAGCGCUAAAAGAUUCCUUUUUUCGUUCUUCCUCUCGCGUGUGUCUCGCCUCUCGCUCGUUUCUAUCUGCUCGAGCGCGCGUCUCUCCUUGUAUGCGCGUCACGCCCCUCGCGCUAGGCAAGCGCGUCCGAAAAACGCAAAAAAAAAAAUGGCCUCUAAAAUUUUGACUAUAAUUUUUUAAUCUCGCAGGAGAAUAAGUUUAGCUGAAGCAUUCCUUACAGCUGAUAUUUUGCUUAGUACAUUGCAAAAUGUUUCAGAGGGUUUGGUGGUUUAUCCCAAGGUGAGAACGAAUAUUCUAAGCAAAGCUGUCGCAUUGUAAAUGAUUUUUUUGUUACAUUAGCCUGAAAUUAAAAAAUACUUAGGUUGAUAUUAACAAGAUGUACAGUUUGACUUUGUUUAACCCUUAAACUCCCAGUGGAGAUAAAACUUUAACUUCUCAUAACAAUGUCGAUAUAUUAUCCAGAAAACAAGUGCUGAGAAUUGACAGACUCGUCAGCUGAAGAGUUUUAAGCUUGAGAGCAGACCUUCAUUGUGACUGCUCCCAGACGCGCGUUUUUCCGCCCGCGGGGAGAAUUGAAACGAGGCGAGGAGAGGUUUGCCAGGAGUCUGGUACCUUGCCUCAUUAUCAGUGCUCUGGCAGACCUCUCGCCGACUCGCGUUGCUGAAGGCUGUGCCUUAUACUUUCCUCGGGCGAAGAAACACUCGUGCCGAAGUGAUAAUAGUGAGGUAGGCUAGAUAGUUUUAUUUGAUAUAACACCAAAUAAUGAACUUAUUUACUUAGUAACGUGGGAAGCCAGAAAAGAGAAAACUGAUUAAACCCAAGGGGUUAGAGGAGUUGGAAUUGUUUUAACAUUUCGUCCUUGUUUUUGUUGUUGUUGUUGUUGUAGGUUAUUGAUCGCCAUAUUCGACAGGAGUUACCUUUCAUGGCGUCUGAAAAUAUCAUAAUGGCAACGGUGAAAGCAGGGGGAAAUAGACAGGUUCGUGCCUAUUACCAAGGUAACGUGGCGGAAGAUGCGCGCCCUGGGUUGCAUUGGACCUCACUUCCUUCCCCCUCUCUGUUGAGGCAUAAAAAAGCACCUGGUUAUCACUUCCAGAGUCGGUACAAUUUUAGGAUAAGAGCUCUUGAAGUGUUAAUCACCCCUCCCUCCCCCCACCUUCUAUUUGACUGCUGAUGCAUAAAAAACUUUUGAUUCUCUUGCAACCUUAAUCUUUCAGUAAGCUGCUACAGUGAUUAUACUUUAAAGGCAAUUUGUUCUCCUGCUCCGAAAAACUCAUGGAAACUUGGUCGAUAAUGACAUUUUUUAUUAUAACAUCACCAGACGACAUUCGUUUGAGCGAUUUUAUUUACUUUUGCAUCAGAUUCGAAGGACUAGAAGCUUUGACGGAAAGUUCUACCGUGACAAGUUAUUGUUGUAAAUAAAAACAUAUUCUCUUACCAAAACAGACUUUAUGACGAAGUCGUGCAUAACUUUUUUUCCAUUCUAACUUUUUUAAGAAGCCUGCUUUCAAUCGAUUCUCUUUACUUUUGCAUCUGACAGGAGUGUCACGAGAAGAUCCGCGUUCUGUCCCAGGAGUCUGGGGCGGUUGUCAAGGAGCAAGGUGGUGACAAUGAUUUGGUUGACAGGAUCAGGAGAUGUGAAUACUUUGCUCCAAUUCACAAUCAGCUGGACGUCAUCUUGGAUGCUAGUACGUUUGUGGGGCGUGCACCCCAGCAGGUUAGAAAAGCCUUGUUUUUGAAGGAAUGGAAUUGA